ACCAAAUGAUCACAACAUUAACAUUGGCAUCACCAAACGCUAGUUAAGUGGUUGUUCCGAAUUGUGUAACCGACGGACUGUGGGUAGCAAGUAAGCAAUCUACCAAUCACCUCGAAGUUCAAGUCAGCAUCGGAGUAUACCGCUCCUAGUGCGCAGUGUGGCAGUUUCGGGGAAAACCCAACAUUAGUCUCCCUGGUGUAUGACGUGUGGUUAUGGAUGAGCGUUUAAGCACGACCCAAUCCAAGUGACUCCCGGAGACAAUAGUGUUUAUUCUGGGAAAAAACCGGCGUACGACGUACCGUGCGUGCCCAGCAGUAGGUGUCGUGCACGCGAUAUGUGAGUAAAGUCCCAGGCUGCGAGUGCUGCCAGCGUGCCUAGAUGUGAAGAUUGUGUGAUGUGAUUGCGUGAUAAAAAGGGUGCAAAUACAAAGGACCUACCAACCGAGUGCCGGCUUUAAAGUGAGCCACAUCUACAGAGAGACUCGACAUUCAGACAUCAGAGACACCCGUGGCGUGCUAUCCUGUGCUCCCCAGUCCCUGGAUCGGUCCGUUGGUGGAAAGAUGCGGAAAGUUUGGCUGCUCGCGAGCGCCGUGCUGGCGUUUCUCAAUUUCGUCAAGUCGCAGGAACUGGCCAGAACGUUGUACAGUCCAAGAUACGAUAACCUGGACAUUGACACCAUCUUGGGCAGCAACCGGUUGGUUUCGAACUAUGUUGACUGUCUGCUGAGCCGCAAACCGUGCCCACCGGAGGGCAAAGACCUGAAGCGGAUUCUACCGGAGGCGCUGCGUACCAAGUGUGCCCGCUGCUCACCGAUCCAGAAGGAGAACGCGCUGAAAAUCAUCACGCGGCUGUACUACGACUAUCCGGACCAGUACCGGGCACUGCGUGAACGCUGGGAUCCAUCCGGCGAGUACCAUCGGCGGUUCGAGGAGUACCUCCGGGGGCUGCAGUUCAACCAGAUUGGUGGCAAUGGCGGCACAGGAGGAGGCACAGGAGGAGGAGGAGCAGGAGGCAUCGGCUCUGGUGGUAACACGGUGGUACAGAACGGUGGUAACGACAGGCCGGUAAGAAAUGACCUCGAUCGGCAGCCCGCCACCCAGAGCAGCAAUGUACAGAGCGUAGUGAUUGAUCCGGCACUGCUCGGACAGCAGCAGACCGGCGGCCUGAACCCGAACACGCCCGCAGCCGCCAUCCCCUCCUUCCCGCCGGCUGUUGCGCCAGCGACCGAACGACCGCGGCCACCGGCACCGGCACCGGCCGCACCUCCGGUACUAGUGAACCGGUUCGGGGACGAUGCGGAUCCGGUACGGCCAACUUUUGCCGCGCCCGCUCCUGUAACGACCACUACGACCACACGGAGACCAACCACGACCGUAAGGCAGACGCGCCCGGUAACGCGUCAAACCACGACCACGACCAGGAAUACUCAACGUACGACAACGAGAUUCGCCGCAGCCCCGCUACCGGUGGCUAGCCCGAUCGUCGGCCUCUGGAAUCAGCUCGGUACGAAGAUAGCGGACACGGCGGACGCCAUCGCCGGUAUGCUGAAGAAAACUGUCGACGUCCUGGUGACGAGCCACAUCCAGUCCCAUCAACGUGCGCUUCGAGGCAUUUGAGGGCGAACCGGCGUACGGACGAAGCCAGCCAGCACCCUUGCCAGGGAGAUGCAAUGCAGCCCGCUCCUCCCCGGGGGGGUGGGGGCGCCUGAACGAGUGAUUGAUCGGACGUCGAAAAAGAGCUAUCCAGAAAAGGGGGCAACCAAGGAGCAGAGAGAAUGCUUGCCGUUUUAGGCAUUAACGUUCUAUCGGACUGCAUCGCAUCGGUCCAUCUUGUGCAUCUUGGCUUUUUCCCCUGCCUGGAUGGCCUCCUACAGCAACAGACAAACACAAACAAAACAAUGAUUCAUGACCUGCUCCUCGUUACUUUACGUUUACGUCUUGCAGCACCGUAUCUCUUAAGCCGCUAUCUGUGAGCAAUGGUUUGCGUGAAAUUUUGAAAAUUUGAUCCCAACCCAUCUCUCGAGACGAAAUUGUUGGAAUUUACUGUGAUCGUAUUCAGUGAUAGGAAUACCUUAGUGGUAGUGGAGUAAGGGUUGCAGCUCAGCGCUCAGCUGAAUAUAUCUCUGCUGCCGUCGCCACUCUGCCGUCGCCGAAGGCUGCAUACUUUUACGAUUACUAUUGCUAUAUAUACUGCAGCUAUUGGAGGAAAAAAAAAGAACCAUGUCAGGAAACAAUUCGCUAACUUUAGGUGACAAACAAACAUUUGAAAGCUGGGAAAUCUUCUGGGCGCGGAUCCAUGUCGGAAAGCAUAUCCAACCAUAUGUAGCCAGGGUGAAUGUGUUUUUUUGAUCCAUUGAAUAUUCUUGUAUUUUAUCUUAUUAAUCGAAAAAUAGAGCUAUCUGAAGUGCACUGAACUGUGUACUACUUACUGUA